AGAUUGCCACCUCCGAGAGGAUGCUGGGCAUCUGCAGAGGGAGACGGAAAUUCCUGGCUGCCUCUCUGACGGUUCUCUUCAUCCCAGCAGUCACCUGGAUUUACCUCUUUGCUGGAAGCUUUGAAGAUGGGAAGCCAGUGUCACUGUCUCCACUUGAAUCCCAGCCCCACAGCCCACGGUACACGGCCUCAAGUCAGCGCGAGCGAGAAAGCCUGGAGGUGCGCAUGCGAGAGGUGGAAGAGGAGAACCGGGUCCUCCGAAAGCAGCUUAGCCUGGCCCAAAGCCGGAACCCAUCCCACCGCCGAGGCAACCACUCCAAAACCUAUUCCAUGGAGGAGGGGACAGGUGACAGUGAGAACCUCAGGGCUGGCAUUGUGGCUGGCAACAGCUCUGAAUGUGGGCAGCAACCAGCGGUGGAGAAGUGUGAGACGAUCCACGUUGCCAUCGUCUGCGCUGGAUACAACGCCAGCCGAGAUGUCGUCACUUUGGUCAAGUCUGUCUUGUUUCAUAGACGGAACCCUCUACACUUCCAUCUCAUCGCUGAUGCCAUUGCCAAGCAAAUCCUGGCCACUCUCUUCCAAACAUGGAUGGUGCCUGCCGUGCGAGUAGACUUCUAUGAUGCUGAUGAACUAAAGUCGGAGGUCUCUUGGAUCCCCAACAAACACUACUCUGGGAUAUAUGGGCUGAUGAAGCUGGUGCUGACCAAGACCCUUCCUGCCAACCUAGAGAGAGUCAUCGUCCUGGACACAGACAUCACCUUUGCCACAGAUAUAGCUGAGCUCUGGGCCGUGUUCCACAAAUUCAAAGGUCAACAGGUUUUGGGCUUGGUAGAGAACCAGAGUGACUGGUACUUGGGAAACCUGUGGAAAAAUCACCGGCCAUGGCCUGCCCUUGGAAGAGGCUAUAACACAGGGGUGAUCUUGUUGCUUCUGGAUAAGCUUCGAAAGAUGAAGUGGGAGCAGAUGUGGAGGCUGACGGCUGAGAGGGAGUUGAUGAGCAUGCUUUCCACCUCGCUGGCGGACCAGGAUAUUUUCAAUGCUGUCAUCAAGCAGAAUCCAUUUCUCGUGUAUCAGCUUCCCUGCUUCUGGAAUGUCCAGCUGUCUGACCACACUCGUUCUGAACAGUGUUACCGGGAUGUAUCUGAUCUAAAGGUGAUCCAUUGGAACUCCCCAAAGAAGCUCCGGGUAAAGAACAAACAUGUUGAGUUCUUCCGAAACCUAUACCUGACAUUUCUGGAGUAUGAUGGGAAUCUGCUGAGGCGUGAGCUAUUUGGAUGUCCCAGUGAGGCUGACGUCAACAGCGAAAAUCUGCAGAAGAAAGUAGAGGCUGGUGGGCGGGCAUGCCUGCACGGGGCUCCCACCGCCGAGGAGUGCCCUUUGCCUGGCACCGUGCAAAGAGUUCAGCUCAUCUUGGUUAUAUUUUGCUGGUUUCUUCUCAGGCUCCAGAUGCUUGAGGCCAUCUGCAAACACUGGGAAGGGCCCAUCAGCUUGGCUCUGUACCUGUCCGAUGCUGAAGCUCAGCAGUUCCUGCGCUAUGCCCAGGGCUCCGAGGUCCUCAUGAGCCGCCAUAAUGUUGGCUAUCACAUCGUGUAUAAAGAAGGCCAGUUCUACCCUGUGAACCUUCUACGCAAUGUGGCCAUGAAACAUAUCAGCACGCCAUAUAUGUUUCUGUCUGACAUUGACUUCCUGCCUAUGUACGGACUCUGUGAGUACCUCAGGAAGUCAGUCAUCCAGCUAGACUUGGCCAAUACCAAGAAGGCACUGAUUGUGCCAGCUUUUGAAACUCUCCGGUACCGCCUAUCCUUCCCCAAGUCCAAAGCAGAGCUCCUAUCGAUGUUGGAUAUGGGGACUCUCUUCACUUUCAGGUAUCACGUUUGGACGAAAGGGCAUGCCCCUACCAACUUCGCCAAGUGGAGAACAGCCACCACCCCAUACCGGGUCGAAUGGGAAGCAGACUUUGAACCCUAUGUCGUAGUAAGGCGUGACUGCCCUGAAUAUGACCGGAGGUUUGUUGGGUUUGGAUGGAACAAGGUGGCCCACAUCAUGGAGCUGGAUGCACAGGAGUAUGAGUUCACUGUGCUCCCCAAUGCCUACAUGAUCCAUAUGCCCCAUGCUCCCAGCUUCGACAUCACCAAGUUCCGCUCCAACAAGCAAUACCGCAUCUGUCUCAAGACCCUGAAGGAAGAAUUCCAGCAGGAUAUGUCCCGUCGCUAUGGCUUUGCUGCCCUUAAAUAUCUCACGGCUGAAAAUAACAGCUAGCAUAAUGGGUCCCAUCAUUGGGAGAUCAGAGACAAUGGAAGGUGAGAACCACUUGCUAUCCUGGGCCCGGUCUUAAAAACUCAAAACUGAGAAAUUAUUUUUUUGUUUUUGUUUUGUUUGGGAUUUUUUCUUCUUUUAUCCCCGCCCUGGUCCAAACCAGUCCUUUUUGCUGCAGAGAUCUGGGGCCGUGCCCACUCCUUCUCCGUCUCUUACUUGAGUUCUCUGAAGAUGCAGACAUGUAACCCAACUGGACAUCCACCAAGACCCUGGGGACAGAAAGAGGUGGCCAGAGAGGAAGGGCUUACUUUCUUUCCAACAAAGCAACAAGAAGUCUUCGGAAUGUUUAUGCAAUCACUAGAUAACCAUGGCACAGAUUUCAGCUGGGGGAAAAAAAAAGUGGAAGUCUUGGGUUUACCAUCCUAUGAAUUUCAAAAAUUAAAAAAGCUACUUUGCUUCUCUAAAAGUGAACUUUCUCCUUUCCUCUACCAACCUAAAUAAGCACCCAAGGGCAAAGUCGGCUAAAGGGUUGGAUUGACCAUUUGUCAUCUUGACUAAAGAAGGAGGAAGCUCUACUCUUUCCCCCUGGGAAAAGGACAAAAGGGGGAAACCACUGGCUCAAACCUGUAGGAACUUUUGGUUGGUUCUUUAUCCUCAAAAUCAAUCUUUUUUGUCUGGGAGUUCAAAAAGGGAGGUGGGGGGGGGUAGGGAAUCAAUUGUUUUAAAGCUCAGAAAGGAAGUCAGUGGCCUCAGUAGUUUUCAAUCACUUCUCAUGAUUUAACAUCGAAGCGUCUGGAGCUGGUACUGAAAAGCUGACGGAAGAGUGUCAAACUGGAAACAACACCCAUGAGACGCAUCACUCGCCUUCUGAGAACGACACGAGGGGAAUGAGGACGAGUUCAAGGCUAGGGCUGACUCUUUUCUAUUGACAGACACUGGAUCCUAGAAAAAGACACUGAGGUUGGAGAUGUCCGAUGGGGUUCUGAAGGGAGCUAGUGAAGGGGAACUUGUCCCUCGACCUUGGACAGAGGCUGCCGAAGCUGUCAACUCUCACCAUUACGGAAUUACAAAAGAGCUUCAUUUUGAGGAAUAAAGUCUCCUUUGGGGGAGGGAGGGGGAUUUCAGGGAAAGAAAAGGAUUUUGCAUCCAGGCAGGGUUCUGCCCACCUCACCAUGGACAGGGAGAGAAUUUACCGCCUUGACCUCUCCAGGAAUCUGCUAGAGGAUCCCCCCAAAGGAGCCGCCGCCACCCGGAAUGAUGAGACACUGGACUUUUUACCAUUUUCUUUCUUCCUCACUAUUACUGUUGUGUUUACAUUGGCAGGAACAAGAUUUAAUGCACUACCCCCUUUGCUGGGCUGUUUGUAUCGAGUUGCGAUGUGGCCGGAGAAAGCCGACUUUAAUAAACGAGAGAACAGACUGU